CAAGCAUUCAACAGCAGCUUGUUCACCAUUUAACAGUUGAUACUUAACAGAGACCCAAAACAACUGAAACAAACCAGAGAGAGAGAGAGAGAGAGAGAGAGGUGAGAAUUUUGGCAGAACAAUGGCUUCGACCGCUGCUGUUUCGAUGGCUACGCCAUUAGCCUUUGCCGGGCAGAAGAAGAUGCCGUGCUCCGACAGCUUCUUCAGGCCAUUGCCCGUGAGAUCGACAAAGCCAAUCCCGCCGUCGAAGAGCAGUGGGAAAUUUGUAGUCAGGGCUUCGCUGAAGGAGAAGGCCAUCACGGGAUUGACCGCGGCCGCGCUGACGGCCUCGAUGGUGGUCCCGGAAGUGGCCGAGGCGGCCGUCUCUCCCUCCCUCAAGAACUUCUUGCUCAGCAUCGUGGCCGGCGGGGUUGUGUUCGGUGCCCUCGUCGGUGCUGUGAUUGGCGUCGCCAACUUCGACCCCGUCAAGAGAAGCUGAGAGAGAGAGAGAGAGAGAGAGAGAGAGAGUGGGGAGAGAGAGAGAGAGAGAGAGAGAGAAUAAAAAGCUGCCUUUUUCCCCCUAUUUCCAUUUCCCACGGCAUCUUCUCAGAUUUUUAUGCAUGCAAGCUCAAUUCUCCGCACAGGGCACGAAGGAAAAAGAAUCAUCAGCAGUGAAUUCUGGGCAAGCAAUCAUGGGAACCCAAAAAAAAGAAAAAUGGAAA